UCGGGAUUUGCGUUCUUAUUUUUGAUGUUAUCUUCUCCCUUUUUCCAUCAUCUCGAGUAGUUGAUUUGGUUGAGAAGGGGUGCACUAUCUUCUGGUUGGAAAUUUUUGUGUCCUGCCUGUGUGGACUAAAUUUCAUUAAGAAAUUACACAUUGUUUUGGGCAUCUCUUAAUUUCUUAUGAUGUGUUAGUAAAAAGAUGGGAUCUUUGCAAGUUUCUGUUGCCUCAGAAUUUCAUGACAGAAAAAGAUUUGAUGCUUUGGGAAAUGCUGAUGUGUUAGCAGCUGAGUGGAUUGUUUGUAAUUCAUGGGUGAGUGGCAAGAAGCUGCUGAUCAGCAGAAGCCAUUCCUAUGGUGGUUUCUUGGAUGAUAAAUCCUUGAAAAGAAAAGUUAAUAUUCCAUUUUCUUUUGUGUCCGGGCGUUUCAGAUGCAGUCUUAUUGACCACAAUAGAUUUGAAAAAUUCAUAGUUUCUGGACCGGGUGGAGUUCAUGGUAGUAAAUCAGUGACUGAAUUAGUUGAGGAGCCCCAGUUAGCUGAUCAUGUGAAUUUGUUGGGUCCCAGCUUAACUUUGAAGAAUCCAAUCCUUAAAUCUGCAGAUAUCAAAACUAAAGCUACCAUGAACAAUGGUGGAAAGGCGCAGAGGAGAAAUAUAUGGCAUCGUAUCAUUGGCAUGAAAAAGGCUGAGACAAAAAAAUUGCCAAGUCCUGUUUCAUUGACAAAUGAGCAGCCAAGCAAUAUUGCAGAAGAAGAUUGUAAAUUAGAUGCUGUUCUAUCUGCUAUUGGGCCUGAAUCUACGACAAAUGAUUGCAUGCGUGUUCUAAAACUGCUAGAAAAGAGAAGUGAUGAAAUGUUGAUAAACUUCAUCAAAUGGAUGAGGACAAAUGGGAAGUUGAAGCAAAAUAUGCCAGCUUAUAAUUUUGCCAUCCGAGUUUUAGCUAGGAAAGAGGACUGGGAUACGGCUAACAUGCUAAUUCAAGAGAUGGUUUCUGAUUCAGAUUGUCAGCUAAACUCUCAAGUAUUUAGCCCUUUAAUACAAAUAUGUGCUAAAAGGGGGCUUGUUGAUUGGGGAGCAAAGUGGUUCCACAUGAUGUUAGAAAAAGAGGUGAGACCCAACACUGCCACCAUUGGUAUGCUUAUGGGCCUUUACCAGAGAAAGGGCAAACUUUCAGAAGCCGAGUUUACUUUCAGCCACAUGAGGGCCUGCAGAAUUCACUGUGUCACUGCCUACUCAUCAAUGAUCACGAUUUACACACGCCUAGGUAUGUAUGACAAGUCUGAGGAAAUUAUCCACUUUAUGGGUGAAGAUGAAGUUGUUCCAGAUUUGGAGAAUUGGUUAGUUCAUCUUAAUACCUACAGUCAGCAAGGUAAACUGAAGGAGGCUGAAUCUGUGUUGACAUUGAUGCAAGAAGCUGGAUACUCCCCCAAUAUUGUUGCGUACAAUAUCUUGAUCACAGGGUAUGGGAAGCAAGCUGAUGUCAAGGCUGCAGAACUUGUAUUUCAGAGGCUCCAACGCAUAGGCUUGGAGCCUGAUGAAACAACAUAUAGGUCCAUGAUUGAAGGUUUCGGUAGAGCUGACUAUUAUAAAGAGGCUAUGCAAUAUUACGUGGAACUCAAGAGAUCGGGAUUUAGACCUAACUCUUCAAACUUCUACACGAUGGUCAACAUGCAUGCCAGGCAUGGGGAUGACAGGGAUAUUGUUCAAACACUAAAAGAUAUGAGGGCGGCUGGCUGCCAAUACUCGUCCAUGUUGAGUAGCCUUCUGCAGGCAUAUGAGAGGGUUGGCAGAUUAGAUAAAGUUCGUCAAAUUUUAAAAGCUUCUUUUUAUGAUGAAAUUUUAGUGGAUCAGACUUCAACUUCCAUAUUAGUCAUGUCCUAUGUACAAAAUUCCCUCUUGGAUGAUGCUUUCCAAACUUUGCAGGAAAAAAGGUGGAAAGAUUCAAAUUAUGAAGACAGCUUGUACCAUUUGCUAAUAUGUUCUUGCAAGGAGGCCAGUCGUUAUGAGGAUGCUAUUAGGAUUUAUAAUAAGAUGCCUCAGUCUGACGUUUACCCAAAUCUGCACAUCACAUCUUCAAUGAUUGAUGUAUUCAGUAUCCUGAACAGAUUCACUGAAGCAGAGGAUCUUUACUUGAAGUUGAAAGCAUCAGGGGUCAUUUUUGAUGUUAUUGCUUACAGUAUAGUGGUGAGAAUGUAUAUUAAAGCAGAGUCUUUGAAGGAUGCCUGUUUAGUUUUGGACACGUUGGAAAACCAGAAAGAUAUUGUUCCAGACAAAUUUCUUUUUAUGGAUAUGCUUCGGCUUUAUCAGCAGUGUGGGAUGCUAGAAAAAUUGGCAAAUGCCUACUACUUGAUGCUGAGAUGUGGAGUUACAUGGGAUGAGGCAAUGUAUAACUGUGUGAUAAAUUGCUGUGGCCGAGCCUUGCCUGUGGACGAGCUCUCAAGGCUUUUCAAUGAGAUGAUUCAUUGUGGAUAUGCUGCUAACACGAUAACUUUCAAUGUGAUGCUGGAUAUCUAUGGUAAAGCAGGGUUCCUUAUCAAGGCCAGGAAAGUAUUCUGGAUGGUUCACAAACGGCAUUUAGCUGAUAUUAUUUCUUACAAUACCAUCAUAUCGGUCCAUGGCAAAAACAAGGAUUUUAAGCUGAUGAGAUAUUUUGUACAAAGAAUGAGAGAUGCUGGUUAUUCUGUCUCCCUUGAAGCAUACAAUUCUAUGUUGGAUGCAUAUGGAAAAGAAGGUCUGCUUGAUAAGUUCAAUGAAGUGCUGCGGGAGAUGAAACAGACCAGUUGUACUUCCAAUCACUAUACAUACAACAUUUUGAUUAAUAUAUACGGAAAGAAGGGUUGGAUUGAGGAAGUUGCUGAUGUGCUCAGUGAGCUGAAGCAACGUGGAUUAGAACCUGAUUUGUACAGCUACAACAGUUUGAUCAAGGCUUAUGGAAUUGCCGGAAUGGUUGAAGAGGCUGUCAAUGUGGUACGGGAAAUGCGAACCAAAGGAAUUGAUCCUGAUCGUGUGACUUACUCUAAUCUUGUGGUCGCUCUCCAACAAAAUGAAAAUUUUCUAGAAGCUGUCAAGUGGUCACUUUGGAUGAAGCAAAUUGGAAUGUCAAAGUAGAAAACUUGCAACCAUUUAUGUGUCAUCAUAUGGUGAA